GGUGACCAAGUUUAUUGUCCAACUUGUAAACAUGACGAAUGUAAUUCGGAACCGAUUCCUUACAGGCAGUGUAACAAAAAUAUCCCUUUACUUCCAUUUAAUAUAACUAUCAAUUACAACAGGGAUAGCCAUGAUACUUAUAAAUGCUUGGAUAUACAAUUUAAAGAAGAAAAUAAAAUUAAAAAUAUUAAACAAUGUUUAACUGCAAUAAAUGGAAAUAAAAUUUGCAAAGACAAUAAUAAAUACAUAAUAAACUGUGCACUAACUGAGCCAACCACUUUGAUCGAAUUAAAAAAGUAUAAAAGAACAGCAGAAUUAACUAAACCGACUAAAAGCAACACAUCAGAACCGACCUCUACAACAACUAUGGAACCGUCUACAAGUACCACAGCUGAGCCAUUCACCACUACUACUGAAAGCACAACAGCAGAACCGACCUCUACAACAACUAUGAAACCGUCUACAAGUACCACAGCUGAGCCAUCUACCACUACUACUGAAAGCACAACAGCAGAACCGACCUCUACGACAACUAUGGAACCGUCUACAAGUACCACAUCUGAGCCAUCUACCACUACUACUGAAAGCACAACAGCAGAACUGACCUCUACAACAACUAUAGAACCGUCUACAAGUACCACAGCUGAGCCAUCUACCACUACUACUGAAAGCACAACAGCAGAACCGACCUCUACAACAACUAUAGAACCGUCUACAAGUACCACAGCUGAGCCAUCUACCACUACUACUGAAAGCACAACAGCAGAAACGACUUCUACAACAAGUAUAGAACCGUCUACAAGUACCACAGCUGAGCCAUCUUCCUCUACAAGUGAAAGCACAACAGCAGAAACGACUUCCACAACAAGCAUAGAAUCGUCAACAAGCACCACAGCUGAGCCAUCUACCACUACUACUGAAAGCACAACAGCAGGACCAACCUCUACAACAACUAUAGAACCGUGUACAAGUACUACAGCUGAGCCAUCUACCACUACUACUGAAAGCACAACAGCAGAACCGACCUCUACAACAACUAUAGAACCGUCUACAAGUACCACAGCUGAGCCAUCUACCACUACUACUGAAAGCACAACAGCAGAACCGACCUCUACAACAACUAUAGAACCGUCUACAAGUACUACAGCUGAGCCAUCUUCCACUUCUACUGAAAGCACAACAGCAGAACCGACCUCUACAACAACUAUGGAGCCGUCUACAAGUACCACAGCUGAGCCAUCUACCACUACUACUGAAAGCACAACAGCAAAACCGACCUCUACAACAACUAUGGAACCGUCUACAAGUACCACAGCUGAGCCAUAUACCACUACUACUGAAAGCACAACAGCAGAACUGACCUCUACAACAACUAUGGAACCGUCCACAAGUACCACAGCUGAGCCUUCUACCACUACUACUGAAAGCACAACAGCAGAACCGACUUCUACAACAACUAUGGAACCAUCUACAAGUACCACAGCUGAGCCAUCUACUACUACUACUGAAAGCACAACAGCAGAACCGACCUCUACAACAACUAUGGAACCGUCUACAAGUACCACAGCUGAGCCAUCUACCACUACUACUGAAAGCACAAAAGCAGAACCAACCUCUACAACAACUAUAGAACCGUCUACAAGUACCACAGCUGAGCCAUCUACCACUACUACUGAAAGCACAACAGCAGAACCAACCUCUACAACAACUAUAGAACCGUCUACAAGUACCACAGCUGAGCCAUCUACCACUACUACUGAAAGCACAACAGCUAUGGAACCGUCUACAAGUACCACAGCUGAGCCAUCUACCACUACUACUGAAAGCACAACAGCAGAACCAACCUCUACAACAACUAUAGAACCGUCUACAAGUACUACAGCUGAGCCAUCUUCCACUUCUACUGAAAGCACAACAGCAGAACCGACCUCUACAACAACUAUGGAACCGUCUAGAAGUACCACAGCUGAGCCAUCUACCACUACUACUGAAAGCACAACAGUAGAACCGACCUCUACAACAACUAUGGAACCGUCUACAAGUACCACAGCUGAGCCAUCUACCACUACUACUGAAAGCACAAAAGCAGAACCAACCUCUACAACAACUAUAGAACCGUCUACAAGUACCACAGCUGAGCCAUCUACCACUACUACUGAAAGCACAACAGCAGAACCAACCUCUACAACAACUAUAGAACCGUCUACAAGUACCACAGCUGAGCCAUCCAACACUACUACUGAAAGCACAACAGCAGAACCGACCUCUACAACAACUAUGGAACCGUCUACAAGUACCACAGCUGAGCCAUCUACCACUACUACUGAAAGCACAACAGUAGAACCGACCUCUACAACAACUAUGGAACCGUCUACAAGUACCACAGCUGAGCCAUCUACCACUACUACUGAAAGCACAACAGCAGAACCAACCUCUACAACAACUAUGGAACCGUCUACAAGUACCACAGCUGAGCCAUCUACCACUACUACUGAAAGCACAAAAGCAGAACCAACCUCUACAACAACUAUAGAACCGUCUACAAGUACCACAGCUGAGCCAUCUACCACUACUACUGAAAGCACAACAGCAGAACCAACCUCUACAACAACUAUAGAACCGUCUACAAGUACCACAGCUGAGCCAUCCAACACUACUACUGAAAGCACAACAGCAGAACCGACCUCUACAACAACUAUGGAACCGUCUACAAGUACCACAGCUGAGCCAUCUACCACUACUACUGAAAGCACAACAGCUAUGGAACCGUCUACAAGUACCACAGCUGAGCCAUCUACCACUACUACUGAAAGCACAACAGCAGAACCGACCUCUACAACAACUAUGGAACCGUCUACAAGUACCACAGCUGAGCCAUCUACCACUACUACUGAAAGCACAACAGCUAUGGGACCGUCUACAAGUACCACAGCUGAGCCAUCUACCACUACUACUGAAAGCACAACAGCAGAACCAACCUCUACAACAACUAUAGAACCGUCUACAAGUACCACAGCUGAGCCAUCCAACACUACUACUGAAAGCACAACAGCAGAACCGACCUCUACAACAACUAUGGAACCGUCUACAAGUACCACAGCUGAGCCAUCUACCACUACUACUGAAAGCACAACAGCUAUGGGACCGUCUACAAGUACCACAGCUGAGCCAUCUACCACUACUACUGAAAGCACAACAGCAGAACCAACCUCUACAACAACUAUAGAACCGUCUACAAGUACCACAGCUGAGCCAUCCAACACUACUACUGAAAGCACAACAGCAGAACCGACCUCUACAACAACUAUGGAACCGUCUACAAGUACCACAGCUGAGCCAUCUACCACUACUACUGAAAGCACAACAGCUAUGGAACCGUCUACAAGUACCACAGCUGAGCCAUCUACCACUACUACUGAAAGCACAACAGCAGAACCGACCUCUACAACAACUAUGGAACCGUCUACAAGUACCACAGCUGAGCCAUCUACCACUACUACUGAAAGCACAACAGCUAUGGGACCGUCUACAAGUACCACAGCUGAGCCAUCUACCACUACUACUGAAAGCACAACAGCAGAACCAACCUCUACAACAACUAUAGAACCGUCUACAAGUACUACAGCUGAGCCAUCUACCACUACUACUGAAAGCACAACAGCAGAACCAACCUCUACAACAACUAUAGAACCGUCUACAAGUACCACAGCUGAGCCAUCUACCACUACUACUGAAAGCACAACAGCUAUGGGACCGUCUACAAGUACCACAGCUGAGCCAUCUACCACUACUACUGAAAGCACAACAGCAGAACCAACCUCUACAACAACUAUAGAACCGUCUACAAGUACCACAGCUGAGCCAUCUACCACUACUACUGAAAGCACAACAGCAGAACCGACCUCUACAACAACUAUGGAACCGUCUACAAGUACCACAGCUGAGCCAUCUACCACUACUACUGAAGGCACAACAGCAGAACCGACCUCUACAACAACUAUAGAACCGUCUACAAGUACCACAGCUGAGCCAUCUACCACUACUACUGAAAGCACAACAGCUAUGGGACCGUCUACAAGUACCACAGCUGAGCCAUCUACCACUACUACUGAAAGCACAACAGCAGAACCAACCUCUACAACAACUAUAGAACCGUCUACAAGUACUACAGCUGAGCCAUCUACCACUACUACUGAAAGCACAACAGCAGAAUCAACCUCUACAACAACUAUAGAACCGUCUACAAGUACCACAGCUGAGCCAUCUACCACUACUACUGAAAGCACAACAGCUAUGGGACCGUCUACAAGUACCACAGCUGAGCCAUCUACCACUACUACUGAAAGCACAACAGCAGAACCAACCUCUACAACAACUAUAGAACCGUCUACAAGUACCACAGCUGAGCCAUCUACCACUACUACUGAAAGCACAACAGCAGAACCGACCUCUACAACAACUAUGGAACCGUCUACAAGUACCACAGCUGAGCCAUCUACCACUACUACUGAAGGCACAACAGCAGAACCGACCUCUACAACAACUAUAGAACCGUCUACAAGUACCACAGCUGAGCCAUCUACCACUACUACUGAAAGCACAACAGCUAUGGGACCGUCUACAAGUACCACAGCUGAGCCAUCUACCACUACUACUGAAAGCACAACAGCAGAACCAACCUCUACAACAACUAUAGAACCGUCUACAAGUACCACAGCUGAGCCAUCUACCACGACUACUGAAAGCACAACAGCAGAACCAACCUCUACAACAACUAUAGAACCGUCUACAAGUACUACAGCUGAGCCAUCUUCCACUUCUACUGAAAGCACAACAGCAGAACCGACCUCUACAACAACUAUGGAACCGUCUAGAAGUACCACAGCUGAGCCAUCUACCACUACUACUGAAAGCACAACAGUAGAACCGACCUCUACAACAACUAUGGAACCGUCUACAAGUACUACAGCUGAGCCAUCUACCACUACUACUGAAAGCACAAAAGCAGAACCAACCUCUACAACAACUAUAGAACCGUCUACAAGUACCACAGCUGAGCUAUCUACCACUACUACUGAAAGCACAACAGCUAUGGGACCGUCUACAAGUACCACAGCUGAGCCAUCUACCACUACUACUGAAAGCACAACAGCAGAACCAACCUCUACAACAACUAUAGAACCGUCUACAAGUACCACAGCUGAGCCAUCUACCACUACUACUGAAAGCACAACAGCAGAACCGACCUCUACAACAACUAUGGAACCGUUUACAAGUACCACAGCUGAGCCAUCUACCACUACUACUGAAAGCACAACAGCAGAACCGACCUCUACAACAACUAUGGAACCGUCUACAAGUACCACAGCUGAGCCAUCUACCACUACUACUGAAAGCACAACAGCAGAACCGACCUCUACAACAACUAUGGAACCGUCUACAAGUACCACAGCUGAGCCAUCUACCACUACUACUGAAAGCACAACAGCAGAACCGACCUCUACAACAACUAUAGAACCGUCUACAAGUACCACAGCUGAGCCAUCUACCACUACUACUGAAAGCACAACAGCAGAACCAACCUCUACAACAACUAUAGAACCGUCUACAAGUACCACAGCUGAGCCAUCUACCACUACUACUGAAAGCACAACAGCAGAACCAACCUCUACAACUAUAGAACCGUCUACAAGUACCACAGCUGAGCCAUCUACCACUACUACUGAAAGCACAACAGCUAUGGAACCGUCUACAAGUACCACAGCUGAGCCAUCUACCACUACUACUGAAAGCACAACAGCAGAACCGACCUCUACAACAACUAUGGAACCGUCUACAAGUACCACAGCUGAGCCAUCUACCACUACUACUGAAAGCACAACAGCAGAACCGACCUCUACAACAACUAUAGAACCGUCUACAAGUACCACAGCUGAGCCAUCUACCACUACUACUGAAAGCACAACAGCAGAACCAACCUCUACAACAACUAUAGAACCGUCUACAAGUACCACAGCUGAGCCAUCUACCACUACUACUGAAAGCACAACAGCUAUGGAACCGUCUACAAGUACCACAGCUGAGCCAUCUACCACUACUACUGAAAGCACAACAGCAGAACCGACCUCUACAACAACUAUGGAACCGUCUACAAGUACCACAGCUGAGCCAUCUACCACUACUACUGAAAGCACAACAGCAGAACCAACCUCUACAACAACUAUAGAACCGUCUACAAGUACCACAGCUGAGCCAUCUACCACUACUACUGAAAGCACAACAGCUAUGGAACCGUCUACAAGUACCACAGCUGAGCCAUCUACCACUACUACUGAAAGCACAACAGCAGAACCGACCUCUACAACAACUAUGGAACCGUCUACAAGUACCACAGCUAAGCCAUCUACCACUACUACUGAAAGCACAACAGCUAUGGAACCGUCUACAAGUACCACAGCUGAGCCAUCUACCACUACUACUGAAAGCACAACAGCAGAACCAACCUCUACAACAACUAUAGAACCGUCUACAAGUACCACAGCUGAGCCAUCUACCACUACUACUGAAAGCACAACAGCUAUAGAACCGUCUACAAGUACCACAGCUGAGCCAUCUACCACUACUACUGAAAGCACAACAGCAGAACCAACCUCUACAACAACUAUAGAACCGUCUACAAGUACCACAGCUGAGCCAUCUACCACUACUACUGAAAGCACAACAGCUAUGGAACCGUCUACAAGUACCACAGCUGAGCCAUCUACCACUACUACUGAAAGCACAACAGCAGAACCGACCUCUACAACAACUAUGGAACCGUCUACAAGUACCACAGCUGAGCCAUCUACCACUACUACUGAAAGCACAACAGCUAUGGAACCGUCUACAAGUACCACAGCUGAGCCAUCUACCACUACUACUGAAAGCACAACAGCAGAACCAACCUCUACAACAACUAUAGAACCGUCUACAAGUACCACAGCUGAGCCAUCUACCACUACUACUGAAAGCACAACAGCAGAACCGACCUCUACAACAACUAUAGAACCGUCUACAAGUACCACAGCUGAGCCAUCUACCACUACUACUGAAAGCACAACAGCAGAACCAACCUCUACAACAACUAUAGAACCGUCUACAAGUACCACAGCUGAGCCAUCUACCACUACUACUGAAAGCACAACAGCAGAACCGACCUCUACAACAACUAUAGAACCGUCUACAAGUACCACAGCUGAGCCAUCUACCACUACUACUGAAAGCACAACAGCAGAACCAACCUCUACAACAACUAUAGAACCGUCUACAAGUACCACAGCUGAGCCAUCUACCACUACUACUGAAAGCACAACAGCAGAACCGACCUCUACAACAACUAUAGAACCGUCUACAAGUACCACAGCUGAGCCAUCUACCACUACUACUGAAAGCACAACAGCAGAACCAACCUCUACAACUAUAGAACCGUCUACAAGUACCACAGCUGAGCCAUCUACCACUACUACUGAAAGCACAACAGCUAUGGAACCGUCUACAAGUACCACAGCUGAGCCAUCUACCACUACUACUGAAAGCACAACAGCUAUGGAACCGUCUACAAGUACCACAGCUGAGCCAUCUACCACUACUACUGAAAGCACAACAGCUAUGGAACCGUCUACAAGUACCACAGCUGAGCCAUCUACCACUACUACUGAAAGCACAACAGCAGAACCGACCUCUACAACAACUAUGGAACCGUCUACAAGUACCACAGCUGAGCCAUCUACCACUACUACUGAAAGCACAACAGCAGAACCAACCUCUACAACAACUAUAGAACCGUCUACAAGUACCACAGCUGAGCCAUCUACCACUACUACUGAAAGCACAACAGCUAUGGAACCGUCUACAAGUACCACAGCUGAGCCAUCUACCACUACUACUGAAAGCACAACAGCAGAACCGACCUCUACAACAACUAUAGAAACGUCUACAAGUACCACAGCUGAGCCAUCUACCACUACUACUGAAAGCACAACAGCAGAACCAACCUCUACAACAACUAUAGAACCGUCUACAAGUACCACAGCUGAGCCAUCUACCACUACUACUGAAAGCACAACAGCUAUGGAACCGUCUACAAGUACCACAGCUGAGCCAUCUACCACUACUACUGAAAGCACAACAGCAGAACCGACCUCUACAACAACUAUAGAACCGUCUACAAGUACCACAGCUGAGCCAUCUACCACUACUACUGAAAGCACAACAGCAGAACCGACCUCUACAACAACUAUAGAAACGUCUACAAGUACCACAGAUGAGCCAUCUACCACUACUACUGAAAGCACAACAGCAGAACCGACCUCUACAACAACUAUGGAACCGUCUACAAGUACCACAGCUGAGCCAUCCACCACUACUACUAAAAGCACAACAGCAGAACCGACCUCUACAACAACUAUGGAACCGUCUACAAGUACCACAGCUGAGCCAUCUACCACUACUACUGAAAGCACAACAGCAGAACUGACCUCUACAACAACUAUUGAACCGUCUACAAGUACCACAGCUGAGCCAUCUACCACUACUACUGAAAGCACAACAGCAGAACCGACAUCUACAACAACUAUGGAACCGUCUACAAGUACCACAGCUGAGCCAUCUACCACUACUACUGAAAGCACAACAGUAGAACCGACCUCUACAACAACUAUGAAACCGUCUACAAGUACCACAGCUAAGCCAUCUACUACUAGUAUUGAAAGCACAACAGCAGAACUGACUUCUACAACAACUAUGGAACCGUCUACAAGUACCACAGCUGAGCCAUCUACUACUACUACUGAAAGCACAACAGCAGAACCGACCUCUACAACAACUAUAGAACCGUCUACAAGUACCACAGCUGAGCCAUCUACCACUACUACUGAAAGCACAACAGCAGAACCAACCUCUACAACAACUAUAGAACCGUCUACAAGUACCACAGCUGAGCCAUCUACCACUACUACUGAAAGCACAACAGCAGAACCGACCUCUACAACAACUAUAGAACCGUCUACAAGUACCACAGCUGAGCCAUCUACCACUACUACUGAAAGCACAACAGCAGAACCAACCUCUACAACUAUAGAACCGUCUACAAGUACCACAGCUGAGCCAUCUACCACUACUACUGAAAGCACAACAGCUAUGGAACCGUCUACAAGUACCACAGCUGAGCCAUCUACCACUACUACUGAAAGCACAACAGCAGAACCGACCUCUACAACAACUAUGGAACCGUCUACAAGUACCACAGCUGAGCCAUCUACCACUACUACUGAAAGCACAACAGCUAUGGAACCGUCUACAAGUACCACAGCUGAGCCAUCUACCACUACUACUGAAAGCACAACAGCUAUGGAACCGUCUACAAGUACCACAGCUGAGCCAUCUACCACUACUACUGAAAGCACAACAGCAGAACCGACCUCUACAACAACUAUGGAACCGUCUACAAGUACCACAGCUGAGCCAUCUACCACUACUACUGAAAGCACAACAGCAGAACCAACCUCUACAACAACUAUAGAACCGUCUACAAGUACCACAGCUGAGCCAUCUACCACUACUACUGAAAGCACAACAGCUAUGGAACCGUCUACAAGUACCACAGCUGAGCCAUCUACCACUACUACUGAAAGCACAACAGCAGAACCGACCUCUACAACAACUAUAGAAACGUCUACAAGUACCACAGCUGAGCCAUCUAACACUACUACUGAAAGCACAACAGCAGAACCAACCUCUACAACAACUAUAGAACCGUCUACAAGUACCACAGCUGAGCCAUCUACCACUACUACUGAAAGCACAACAGCUAUGGAACCGUCUACAAGUACCACAGCUGAGCCAUCUACCACUACUACUGAAAGCACAACAGCAGAACCGACCUCUACAACAACUAUAGAACCGUCUACAAGUACCACAGCUGAGCCAUCUACCACUACUACUGAAAGCACAACAGCAGAACCGACCUCUACAACAACUAUAGAAACGUCUACAAGUACCACAGAUGAGCCAUCUACCACUACUACUGAAAGCACAACAGCAGAACCGACCUCUACAACAACUAUGGAACCGUCUACAAGUACCACAGCUGAGCCAUCCACCACUACUACUAAAAGCACAACAGCAGAACCGACCUCUACAACAACUAUGGAACCGUCUACAAGUACCACAGCUGAGCCAUCUACCACUACUACUGAAAGCACAACAGCAGAACUGACCUCUACAACAACUAUUGAACCGUCUACAAGUACCACAGCUGAGCCAUCUACCACUACUACUGAAAGCACAACAGCAGAACCGACAUCUACAACAACUAUGGAACCGUCUACAAGUACCACAGCUGAGCCAUCUACCACUACUACUGAAAGCACAACAGUAGAACCGACCUCUACAACAACUAUGAAACCGUCUACAAGUACCACAGCUGAGCCAUCUACUACUAGUAUUGAAAGCACAACAGCAGAACUGACUUCUACAACAACUAUGGAACCGUCUACAAGUACCACAGCUGAGCCAUCUACUACUACUACUGAAAGCACAACAGCAGAACCGACUUCUACAACAACUAUGGAACCGUCUACAAGGACCACAGCUGAGCCAUCUACCACUACUACUAAAACAGCAGAACCAACCUCUACAACAACAGCAGAACCGACUUCUACAACAACUAUAGAACCGUCUACAAGUACCACAGCUGAGCCAUCUACCACUACUACUGAAAGCACAACAGCGGAACCGACCUCUACAACAACUAUAGAACCGUCUACAAGUACCACAGAUGAGCCAUCUACCACUACUACUGAAAGCACAACAGCAGAACCGACCUCUACAACAACUAUGAAACCGUCUACAAGUACCACAGCUGAGCCAUUUACCACUACUACUGAAAGCACAACAGCAGAACUGACCUCUACAACAACUAUUGAACCGUCUACAAGUACCACAGCUGAGCCAUCUACUACUAGUAUUGAAAGCACAACAGCAGAACCGACUUCUACAACAACUAUGGAACCGCCUACAAGUACCACAGCUGAGCCAUCUACCACUACUACUGAAAGCACAAAGGCAGAACCGACCUCUACAACAACUAUGGAACCGUCUACAAGUACUACAUCAGAGCCAUCUUCCACUUCUACUGAAAGCACAACAGCAGAACCGACCUCUACAACAACUAUGGAACCGUCUAGAAGUACCACAGCUGAGCCAUCUACCACUACUACUGAAAGCACAACAACAGAACCAACCUCUACAACAACAGCAGAACCGACCUCUACAACAAGUAUAGAACCGUCUACGAGUACCACGGUGAAGCCAUCUUCCAAUACAAGUGAAAGCACAACAGCAAAACCGACUUCUACAACAAGUAUAGAACCGUCUACGAGUACCACGGUGAAGCCAUCUUCCACUACAAGUGAAAGCACAACAGCAAAACCGACUUCUACAACAAGUAUAGAACCGUCUACAGGUACCACGGCUGAGCCAUCUUCCACUACAAGUACCACAGCUGAGCCAUCUUCCACUAUAAGUGAAAGCACAACAGCAGAAACGACUUCUACAACAAGUAUAGAACCGUCUACGAGUACCACGGCGAAGCCAUCUUCCACUACAAGUGAAAGCACAACAGCAAAACCGACUUCUACAACAAGUAUAGAACCGUCUACAGUUACCACGGCUGAGCCAUCUUCCACUACAAGUGAAAGCACAACAGCAAAACCGACUUCUACAACAAGUAUAGAACCGUCUACAGUUACCACGGCUGAGCCAUCUUUCACUACAAGUGAAAGCACAACAGCAAAACCGACUUCUACAACAAGUAUAGAACCGUCUACAGUUACCACGGCUGAGCCAUCUUUCACUACAAGUGAAAGCACAACAGCAAAACCGACUUCUACAACAAGUAUAGAACCGUCUACAGUUACCACGGCUGAGCCAUCUUCCACUACAAGUGAAAGCACAACAGCAAAACCGACUUCUACAACAAGUAUAGAACCGUCUACAGGUACCACGGCUGAGCCAUCUUUUACUACAAGUACCACAGCUGAGCCAUCUUCCACUAUAAGUGAAAGCACAACAGCAGAAACGACUUCUACAACAAGUAUAGAACCGUCUACGAGUACCACGGCGAAGCCAUCUUCCACUACAAGUGAAAGCACAACAGCAAAACCGACUUCUACAACAAGUAUAGAACCGUCUACAGUUACCACGGCUGAGCCAUCUUCCACUACAAGUGAAAGCACAACAGCAAAACCGACUUCUACAACAAGUAUAGAACCGUCUACAGUUACCACGGCUGAGCCAUCUUCCACUACAAGUGAAAGCACAACAGCAAAACCGACUUCUACAACAAGUAUAGAACCGUCUACAGUUACCACGGCUGAGCCAUCUUUCACUACAAGUGAAAGCACAACAGCAAAACCGACUUCUACAACAAGUAUAGAACCGUCUACAGUUACCACGGCUGAGCCAUCUUCCACUACAAGUGAAAGCACAACAGCAAAACCGACUUCUACAACAAGUAUAGAACCGUCUACAGUUACCACGGCUGAGCCAUCUUCCACUACAAGUGAAAGCACAACAGCAAAACCGACUUCUACAACAAGUAUAGAACCGUCUACAGUUACCACGGCUGAGCCAUCUUCCACUACAAGUGAAAGCACAACAGCAAAACCGACUUCUACAACAAGUAUAGAACCGUCUACAGUUACCACGGCUGAGCCAUCUUUCACUACAAGUGAAAGCACAACAGCAGAAACGACUUCUACAACAAGUAUAGAACCGUCUACGAGUACCACGGCUAAGCCAUCUUCCACUACAAGUGAAAGCACAACAGCAAAACCGAGUUCUACAACAAGUAUAGAACCGUAUACAGUUACCACGGCUGAGCCAUCUUCCACUACAAGUGCCACAGCUGAGCCAUCUUCCACUACAAGUGAAAGCACAACAGCAAAACCGACUUCUACAACAAGUAUAGAACCGUCUACAGUUACCACGGCUGAGCCAUCUUCCACUACAAGUGAAAGCACAACAGCAAAACCGACUUCUACAACAAGUAUAGAACCGUCUACAGUUACCACGGCUGAGCCAUCUUUCACUACAAGUGAAAGCACAACAGCAGAAACGACUUCUACAACAAGUAUAGAACCGUCUACGAGUACCACGGCUAAGCCAUCUUCCACUACAAUUACCACGGCUGAGCCAUCUUCCACUACAAGUGCCACAGCUGAGCCAUCUUCCACUACAAGUGAAAGCACAACAGCAAAACCGACUUCUACAACAAGUAUUGAACCGUCUACAGGUACGACGGCUGAGCCAUCUUCCACUACAAGUGAAAGCACAACAGCAAAACCGACUUCUACAACAAGUAUAGAACCGUCCACAGGUACCACGGCUGAGCCAUCUUCAACUACAAGUGAAAGCACAACAGCAAAACCGACUUCUACAACAAGUAUAGAACCGUCUACAGUUACCACGGCUGAGCCAUCUUUCACUACAAGUGAAAGCACAACAGCAAAACCGACUUCUACAACAAGUAUUGAACCGUCUACAGGUACGACGGCUGAGCCAUCUUCCACUACAAGUGAAGGCACAACAGCAAAACCGACUUCUACAACAAGUAUAGAACCGUCCACAGGUACCACGGCUGAGCCAUCUUCCACUACAAGUGAAAGCACAACAGCAAAACCGACUUCUACAACAAGUAUAGAACCGUCUACAGGUACGACGGCUGAGCCAUCUUCAACUACAAGUGAAAGCACAACAGCAAAACCGACUUCUACAACAAGUAUAGAACCGUCUACAGUUACCACGGCUGAGCCAUCUUUCACUACAAGUGAAAGCACAACAGCAAAACCGACUUCUACAACAAGUAUAGAACCGUCUACAGGUACCACGGCUAAGCCAUCUUCCACUACAAGUGAAAGCACAACAGAAAAACCGACUUCUACAACAAGUAUAGAACCGUCUACAGUUACCACGGCUGAGCCAUCUUUCACUACAAGUGAAAGCACAACAGCAAAACCGACUUCUACAACAAGUAUAGAACCGUCUACAGGUACGACGGCUGAGCCAUCUUCAACUACAAGUGAAAGCACAACAGCAAAACCGACUUCUACAACAAGUAUAGAACCGUCUACAGUUACCACGGCUGAGCCAUCUUCCACUACAAGUGAAAGCACAACAGCAAAACCGAUUUCUACAACAAGUAUAGGACCGGCAACAAUUACCACAGCUGAGCCAUCUUCCGCUACAACUGAAAGCACAACAGCAAAACCGACUUCUACAACAAGUAUAGGACCGGCAACAAGUACCACAGCUGAGCCAUCUUCCGCUACAACUGAAAGCACAACAGCAAAACCGACUUCUACAACAAGUAUAGAACCGUCUACAGUUACCACGGCUGAGCCAUCUUUCACUACAAGUGAAAGCACAACAGCAAAACCGACUUCUACAACAAGUAUAGAACCGUCUACAGGUACCACGGCUGAGCCAUCUUCCACUACAAGUGAAAGCACAACAGCAAAACCGACUUCUACAACAAGUAUAGAACCGUCUACAAGUACCACGGCUAAGCCAUCUUCCACUACAAGUGAAAGCACAACAGAAAAACCGACUUCUACAACAAGUAUAGAACCGUCUACAGUUACCACGGCUGAGCCAUCUUUCACUACAAGUGAAAGCACAACAGCAAAACCGACUUCUACAACAAGUAUAGAACCGUCUACAGGUACGACGGCUGAGCCAUCUUCAACUACAAGUGAAAGCACAACAGCAAAACCGACUUCUACAACAAGUAUAGAACCGUCUACAGUUACCACGGCUGAGCCAUCUUCCACUACAAGUGAAAGCACAACAGCAAAACCGACUUCUACAACAAGUAUAGGACCGGCAACAAUUACCACAGCUGAGCCAUCUUCCGCUACAACUGAAAGCACAACAGCAAAACCGACUUCUACAACAAGUAUAGGACCGGCAACAAGUACCACAGCUGAGCCAUCUUCCGCUACAACUGAAAGCACAACAGCAAAACCGACUUCUACAACAAGUAUAGGACCGGCAACAAGUACCACAGCUGAGCCAUCUUCCGCUACAACUGAAAGCACAACAGCAAAACCGACUUCUACAACAAGUAUAGGACCGGCAACAAGUACCACAGCUGAACCAUCUUCUGCUACAACUGAAAGCACAACAGCAAAACUGACUUCUACAACAAGUAUAGGACCGGCAACAAGUACCACAGCUGAGCCAUCUUCCGCUACAACUGAAAGCACAACAGCAAAACCGACUUCUACAACAAGUAUAGGACCGGCAACAAGUACCACAGCUGAACCAUCUUCCGCCACAACUGAAAGCACAACAGCAAAACGGACUUCUACAACAAGUAUAGGACCGGCAACAAGUACCACAGCUGAGCCAUCUUCCGCUAGAACUGAAAGCACAACAGCAAAACCGACUUCUACAACAAGUAUAGGACCGGCAACAAGUACCACAGCUGAGCCAUCUUCCGCUAGAACUGAAAGCACAACAGCAAAACCGACUUCUACAACAAGUAUAGGACCGGCAACAAGUACCACAGCUGAGCCAUCUUCCGCUACAACUGAAAGCACAACAGCAAAACCGACUUCUACAACAAGACCGGCAACAAGUACCACAGCUGAACCAUCUUCUGCUACAACUGAAAGCACAACAGCAAAACUGACUUCUACAACAAGUAUAGGACCGGCAACAAGUACCACAGCUGAGCCAUCUUCCGCUACAACUGAAAGCACAACAGCAAAACCGACUUCUACAACAAGUAUAGGACCGGCAACAAGUACCACAGCUGAACCAUCUUCCGCCACAACUGAAAGCACAAACAGCAAAACGGACUUCUACAACAAUAUAGGACCGGCAACAAGUACCACAGCUGAGCCAUCUUCCGCUAGAACUGAAAGCACAACAGCAAAACCGACUUCUACAACAAGUAUAGGACCGGCAACAAGUACCACAGCUGAGCCAUCUUCCGCUACAACUGAAAGCACAACAGCAAAACCGACUUCUACAACAAGUAUAGGACCGGCAACAAGUACCACAGCUGAGCCAUCUUCCGCUACAACUGAAAGCACAACAGCAAAACCGACUUCUACAACAAGUAUAGGACCGGCAACAAGUACCACAGCUGAGCCAUCUUCCGCUACAACUGAAAGCACAACAGCAAAACCGACUUCUACAACAAGUAUAGGACCGGCAACAAGUACCACAGCUGAGCCAUCUUCCGCUACAACUGAAAGCACAACAGCAAAACCGACUUCUACAACAAGUAUAGGACCGGCAACAAGUACCACAGCUGAGCCAUCUUCCGCUACAACUGAAAGCACAACAGCAAAACCGACUUCUACAACAAGUAUAGGACCGUCAACAAGUACCACAGCUGAGCCAUCUUCCGCUAGAACUGAAAGCACAACAGCAAAACCGACUUCUACAACAAGUAUAGAACCGUCUACAGGUACCACCGCUGAGCCAUCUUCCACUACAAGUGAAAGCACAACAGCAAAACCGACUUCUACAACAAGUAUAGGACCGGCAACAAGUACCACAGCUGAGCCAUCUUCCGCUAGAACUGAAAGCACAACAGCAAAACCGACUUCUACAACAAGUAUAGGACCGGCAACAAGUACCACAGCUGAGCCAUCUUCCGCUACAACUGAAAGCACAACAGCAAAACCGACUUCUACAACAAGUAUAGGACCGGCAACAAGUACCACAGCUGAGCCAUCUUCCGCUACAACUGAAAGCACAACAGCAAAACCGACUUCUACAACAAGUAUAGGACCGGCAACAAGUACCACAGCUGAGCCAUCUUCCGCUACAACUGAAAGCACAACAGCAAAACCGACUUCUACAACAAGUAUAGGACCGGCAACAAGUACCACAGCUGAGCCAUCUUCCGCUACAACUGAAAGCACAACAGCAAAACCGACUUCUACAACAAGUAUAGGACCGUCAACAAGUACCACAGCUGAGCCAUCUUCCGCUACAACUGAAAGCACAACAGCAAAACCGACUUCUACAACAAGUAUAGGACCGGCAACAAGUACCACAGCUGAGCCAUCUUCCGCUAGAACUGAAAGCACAACAGCAAAACCGACUUCUACAACAAGUAUAGGACCGGCAACAAGUACCACAGCUGAGCCAUCUUCCGCUACAAGUGAAAGCACAACAGCAGAAACGACUUCUACAACAAGUAUAGGACCGGCAACAAGUACCACAGCUGAGCCAUCUUCCGCUACAACUGAAAGCACAACAGCAAAACCGACUUCUACAACAAGUAUAGGACCGGCAACAAGUACCACAGCUGAGUCAUCUUCCACUACAAGUGAAAGCACAACAGCAGAAACGACUUCUACAACAAGUAUGGAACCGUCUACAAGUACCACAGCUGAGCCAUCGAGUGAAAGCACAACGGCAGAAACGACUUCUACAACAAGUAUAGAAUCGUCUACAAGUACCACAGCUGAGUCAUCUUCCACUACAAGUGAAAGCACAACAGCAGAAAUGACUUCUACAACAAGUAUAGAAUCGUCAACAAGUACCACGGCUGAGCCAUCUUCCACUACUACUGAAAGCACAACAGCAGAAACGACUUCUACAACAAGUAUAGUACCGUCUACAAGUACCACAGCUGAGUCAUCUUCCCCUACAAGUGAAAGCACAACAGCAGAAACGACUUCUACAACAAGUAUACAAUCCUCAACAAGUACCACAGCUGAGCCAUCUUCCACUACAAGUGAAAGCACAACAGCAGAAACGACUUCUACAACAAGUAUAGAAUCCUCAACAAGUACCACAGCUGAGUCAUCUUCCACUACAAGUGAAAGCACAACAGCAGAAACGACUUCUACAACAAGUAUAGAAUCCUCAACAAGUACCACAGCUGAGCCAUCUUCCACUUCAAGUGAAAGCACAACAGCAGAAACGACUUCUACAACAAGUAUAGAAUCCUCAACAAGUACCACAGCUGAGCCAUCUUCCACUUCAAGUGAAAGCACAACAGCAGAAACGACUUCUACAACAACUGUAAAACCUUCCACAAGUACUACAACUAAUGCAACAACAACUGCUUCGAACACAACACCAAAUGAUUCAGAUCCUAUUGGUCCACUGUUUCCAGAUGGUGCUUCCACAAAUGUUAUUUCUAUUACGAGCAUUGCGGUUCUUUUAAUUCACUUUAUUAUAUAA